AUGAUCAAGGCAGUGCUUAUCAUCAACACGGCUGGCAAGAUCCGGUUGCUGAGCUUCUAUGAGAAGACGAUCUCCCUCACCCAGCAGCAGGAGCUGGUGCGCAGCAUUCAUCGUGCCAUCUCCCGCCGAGGUGACGAGCUCUGCAACUUUGUGGACAACUUCAAGGAGUGGCCCACCCCUGACACCCGCAUCAUCUACCGCCGCUACGCUACUUUGUGCUUUGUGUUCGUGACGGACUCGUCAGAGUCGCAGCUGGCCAUUCUCGACCUCAUUCAGGUCUUCGUCGAGUCUCUCGACCGCACGUUUGAAAACGUCUGCGAACUGGAUUUGAUCUUUCACUCGGAGAAGGUGCAGUACGCGCUGAUGGAGAUGAUCAUGGGUGGCUUGGUGCUGGAGAUGUCUCGUGAUGAAAUCAUCCGCAGCUUGGGAGAGAUGAGCCGGCUCAGUGCAAAAAUGACUGCGGAAAACACCACGUCUCGCACCCUGUCCGGCUACCAUUGA